AUGAUAAUGGAUUCAUUUACAGCUCCAUCCUUGCCGGCCAAGGUCCUGAUGCUCCACGGCCAUGGGCAGUCGGGACAAUUCUUCGAAGGCAAAACACGCUUCUUGCAGCCGCAUUUAAGAGAUAUGAUUCUCAAAGCCUCACAAUCCGACAAUACAUGUGCCUCCGACUCGGUCGAGUUCUACUAUCCCUCGGGCGUACUGCCUGGAAACCCAGAUCAACGGGAAGGAGAUAAUACGCGGGUCUGGGGAUAUGGAGAUCGCCAGGUAGAUAGGAUCAAAGGCCUGGAUCAGUCUAUAAGCUAUGUGUUGAAUAUUCUCGAGACGGAUGGGCCAUUCAUUGGGGUGGUCGGGUUUUCGACUGGAGCUGCUUUGGCUGCUAUCAUAACAUCUCUUCUUGAGAAGCGAAAAUCGGUUUGUGGGUUUAACUUCGAUACCACCCACCCGCCACUCAAGUUUGCGGUGUGUUGCAGCGGGUUCAAGCUCGGUAAUCCUUGGUAUACAAAGCUGUAUAAACCUAGAAUCGAGACACCGAUUCUUCAUGUCAUUGCGCUUAUGGAUAACGUUGUGGAACCGAAGGAGUCAAUGCAGUUGGUGAAGUUUUGUAAUAAAGGUACAUUAUACUCCUUUUUUGGGACGCAUUAUGUUCCUCGGUCACGUCAGUUUGUGGAGAAAUUAGCGGAAUUUAUUAGAGGUGCCCUGGAUAUGACGGAUAGUGAUGAAGAUUGGGAGGAUUGUUAG